UUCGCUUGACCUCGUCAUACUUUGGCGCGUCGAUUGACUAAAUCUCUUACGGUAACCACCAUCCAGUCUCCACUUGAGGCACACCACCACAUGCGUCCUAAUAGUAAUACGAACUAAGCUUUGCUCGUUCACUUCACCUACACCUCAUGUCAAACCCCUCCUCAAAAGUGAUAUUCCUAACGUUCUUUCUCCUCAACUGUCUCUUGUGGUCCAAUAGCCGGUAUGGGAAUACAUUCCGCACUUCGACGAAUGUUCAGACAAGCCUAGUAAAGCGGGUCUUGGAUGCACUAGAGACUCCGAACGAGUGCCAUCCUAUUACCUUUCCAGUUGACCAACAGUGUCCCCAUGUUUCUGAAUCUUGUCCCAGAUUCGACUCUUUCCUCUCAAUACAAUAUCUUAGAAACUACUUUUGUACUGACGCCUCGUUGCGGUCUGCGUCAUUCGUCGGUCUACUCGUCUGGCUCAUCUUCCUAUUUUCAACUCUCGGAAUCAGCGCCUCUGAUUUUUUUACACCCAAUCUUGCUACAAUCGCGCAGAUGCUCGGUUUGGACGAAAAUGUUGCCGGAGUAACAUUUUUGGCCUUUGGGAACGGCAGUCCAGACUUGUUUUCGACGUUUUCAGCCAUGCGCGCGAAUUCCGGUAGCUUAGCUAUCGGUGAAUUGUUAGGCGCAGCCUCAUUCAUUGUCUCGUGUGUCGUGGGCUCAAUAUGUAUCAUCAAGCCGUUCCAAGUCAAUCCCAGGCCAUUUCUUCGAGAUGUUGGAUUUUUUACGGCAGCCGUCACGAUGCUACUUGUCAUCUUGUGGGAUGGUCAUAUCCGACCUUGGGAGGCUGCUGCGAUGGUUUUACUCUAUUUGACCUACGUUUCUCUCGUUGUGAUUGGGACAUGGUGGGAUAGAAGGAAACUAAGAUUGAGGGUGAACGAGGCAACGGCUCGUGCGGAAUACCAGGACGACGACAUCCCUCCCGGUUUUGAUAUCCCUUAUCGAGAUGAACCUUCUCAACAAGUACUCUUACCUCCUUCUCCUGGCACCCCCAGAGCAAGGGCAAUAUCGCAGCCGAAUCCCCCAAGAAUAUCGACCGAUGUUGCGAGCCGCCCCUACUCUCGAUCGCCUUCACCUACUCCCCGAGCUUCCCCUCAGUUCUCUCAUUUGCCUUCGUUCUCUCUUGUGGGAGCUCUUGAGUUUCGACAGGUGGUUGCAUCGCUUCGACAGGACGCUUCCGGUUCAUCCUUACAUAUGUUUGAUAGUCCAAUCACGCCUUACGCCGGUGGUCAUUAUCAUCCCUCUACUCGGUCACUUCCCAGAACACCGCGUGAAAGUGCUAUAAAUCCCUUCGACGAGUCUCUAGGCCUACCCUUAAAUUCCAGAUCGCCACAAAUCGUUGUUGGCGAUACUCCUCAUGGUUUCGCACGGAGUGGACAAUAUUUCGACGACGAUCCUUCACCUUCCAUGUCAUCCAUUCCAGCCAUUCAGCACACCCCAGCAUCACCGACAGCAACCGAAACGGACUCUGAAUCUCAGUUGCAUUCCAAUCAACAACCAACGAGAUGGAGGAGGAUAAAAUAUGUUUUGAGUUCAAUAUACCACACGUUGUUCCCCUCCUUACAUCACUUCAAAAAUCAGAGUGUCCUCGGGAAGAUCGUAGCUGUGUUUGCAGCACCUGCGGUCACGAUGCUUACGCUCACACUACCUGUGGUAGUCACCCCUUAUGAAUAUAGCCGUGUGCCAGGAAGGGAGAAGCCGGUGACGCGAGAGGAUGGGAAUAGUCAUAACUUGAUAGGAUUUGAAGAAGAGGGUGUGGAGAGGGUGUUGGUUGCCGAAGAAGACGUGCAAGAAGAGAUGCAUGGAGUUGAGUUCAAUAAGUGGUUGACGGCUGUUCAGUGCAUGUUGGGCCCAAUAUUCAGUGUUGGAGUGUUGUUCAACGGGAACUCCAAACAGCCGUGGUUAUUUUUGGCAGUUGGUAUUGCUGGGUUCGCUGCUGCAACGUUAGUAAUUGUGUUCGCGGAAAGAGGAGAUAACUCCGCUUUUAUGAUGGCGAGAUGCUCCAUGGGAUUCAUUGUCGCUGUCGUUUGGAUCAUGGCUAUUGCGGACGAGGUCGUCAGCGUUCUUCAGACAUUUGGUUUCAUUUUUGGCCUCUCCGACGCAAUCAUAGGAUUGACUAUCUUCGCCGUCGGGAACUCGUUGGCUGAUCUGGUUGCAAAUAUGAGUAUUGCUGUAUUCGCUCCCAUCAUGGGUUUCUCAGCCUGCUUUGGCGGACCAAUGCUCAACAUAUUGUUGGGCGUUGGGAUCUCGGGCUCAUACAUUACGUCCAAGACAGGUGUACCGUACAAAUUGCACUUCGGCACGACGUUGUUUGUGAGCUCGAUAGGUCUGUUGGCAUUGUUGGCUUCAACGCUUAUAGUGGUCCCUUUGAACGGGUAUCAGUUGACGAGGCCGUGGGGAAUAUUUUUGAUUGCUUCAUAUAUAACAAUUAUGGCUAUCAAUGUUGUUGUAGAGUUGAGAGGGUCGGGUUGAUGAUGGGGUGCUUCCAGGUACUGGGACGCUCGAGGGACGCGGUGUUGUGAUUUGGACAGCCAUGUUACUAGUUAUUGUAUUCGCAGGAAAUGAAAUAAUAUUACCAGGUUCAAGUGAAAUGAACUUUUUCG